AUGGAGAAUAAGAUGUACGAACAUGAGGCUCUGGCGUCUUCGGACGUUGAACUGUCCUCGUCGUCAGAAAUGGACGGGCUCCAUGAUCCUAUGCCUCGCCACAGACGACAGCAUCGAUGGCCUCCGCGUCAUUAUGUUGUCUACGCGAUUCUGGCCCUCUCCAAUAUUCUUUUCUUCGGUCUUUACUGGAAAGCACGACGAUCUGGCGAACAAUGCGUGCGACCGAAGUUGAUUUACUGUGAUGUUGUAGCUCCUGCCGCAGAAGCUAUCGAAUACGUACCCAAACGUUUGAUGAGAGACCUCAAAAAUAAUCCUUUCACUGGCGAGCCCAACGACGAGCCCACUGAAGAGUUUGACAAAGCGUGGGCUCAUUUACUGGAGCCCAUGACCAUCAAAAUUUCAGCAGACGAGCUCUCUCACCUGCCCGACGAUAGUAUCGCCAUGCAAGACGGGUCAGGAUAUAUAGCUGAGCUGACGGUAUACCAUGAGCUCCAUUGCAUAAAACGGAUUCGCCGCCACUUUCACCAACAACGCUAUUACGGAAACAUGACGGAGGAUGAACAUAUUCGGGAGGAGACUCACAUAGAUCACUGCCUCGAGUAUUGGCGUGAAGCAGCCAUUUGCCGUGGCGACGUGACUCUGGCGACGUUUCAGUGGCUCGAGGGCAAACCCUUCUCGCGAGUGUACAGCGACCAUGAAUGCGUCAACUUUGAAAAAUUAGAUACGUGGGCACGAUCUAGGAUGGUGGACACGAAGGAUCUCUCAGUUCUCGCUGGGCGACCGUCGGAGUGA